GGACGCCAUCUUGAAAAGGUCAGCAGUUAGGACGGUUCUAUCAGUGAUGUGGGGAAGGAUGGCAACCGCACUAAAGGAAUAUCGAAUAUUUAUGUAUGCUUCCCAAGUUGCUUAGAAGCCAAUAUUUCAAAUAAACUCCUAGGUCAACAUAUUAGGGUCUGGCGUGUAUAAAGGGAUAGUCCUUAGCAAGUCUUCCCCAGGUGAAAAUACCAGUUACCCCCUAUCCCCUGCCUCUCGGCGGUGGUACAUCCCAAUCCGAGUGUGUGUUCGCGACUACGACGAGUCUGCCGCACUUCCGGCCAGAUCGCCGGAUAUCCGCUGAGUGACCCUUACAAGUCCUUUUUGAUCCUGAAGUGGUAUAGGUGCCGCUGUUGGUGCUCGUGUUGAGACCAGAACCGCAGCCGGGCAUGGGGCUGGAAGACGAGCGAAGGAUGUUGACCGGGUCCGGAGAUCCCAAUGAGGAGGAAGAAGAAGAGGAGGAAUUAGUGGAUCCCCUGACAACAGUGAGAGAGCAAUGCGAGCAGCUGGAGAAAUGUGUAAAGGCUCGGGAGCGGCUAGAGCUCUGUGAUGAGCGUGUAUCCUCCAGGUCACAGACAGAGGAGGAUUGCACAGAGGAGCUCUUUGACUUCUUGCAUGCAAGGGACCACUGUGUGGCCCACAAACUCUUUAACAACUUGAAAUAAAUGUGCAGAUUUGUUUGCCCCAGCCUUCAUUACCUGGGCAUCAGAAUAUUUCCUUAUCAUCUUGAACCUGCCAUUUGUUUAUCUGUGUAACUAAGUUCUUGUGAACCUCAAGGAUUUUGACUUAGACAAGUAGCUUCUGUGUAAUUUUCAGUGAUUCCAUCUUAAUAAAGUUCAGUAAUCAUCA